AUGACCAUAUACUUGGAUGAUUUUUUGGCUUGGGAAGAAACUUCAACUUUUUUAAACAAACUUUUGAUGUUCCAUCCCAUUCGAGAAGGAAACAGAGGAGGACAAGGACUGUUUAAAUGGGAUGAUGUCAAGGAUGACAAGCAUCGAGAAAACUAUCUUGCCUUGGACUGGUACAGUAGAAACUCUGACCCAAACUCUGCAGAGGUACAACAGAGUGAGCUAGCAGAGAUCAAGCGGUUGGAAGAGGAGGCUUUGACAGAGGCUUUGGGAGGCCGGGUCUACCGGAAAAAAGAACUCCACAUGUCCCGACAAGAACUCCAGCGAAUCAUUCCAAAAGACCUAGGACCAAGUGCAGAUGUUGAGGACAAGAUUUCCGGAAUUGGCUUUGGAGGAUCUGGCAUGCAAGGACUGGCUCGCAGCACAUUGGUGCUCGAUUCUACAAAUAUCAGCAGUGGCUCAUUGGCAUCAGCACCAGUUGAUGGCGGAUCUGUCAAAGAAGCUAGAAAUGGCAAAACAUUUACGCAGCCAUCUCACUCUUUGACCUCGGAUGUUCAUUUGGAGUUUAAAAACAAGCGUGACAAGAAGGAUAAAAAGCAUAAAAAGGACAAGGUUCACAAAAAAGAAAAGUCAUCUCGUUCAAUCAAAUCCCAUCGCUCAGAUCACUCGUCAAGGCGUGUCCGCGAACAGCAUUCUACGGAUGAUAGGUUGGACAAACGCUCCUCUGAGAACAGAAGAAAGCGCAACGAUUAUGAUGAUUCUCGUGAAACCCCCCGAAAUUAA